UGUGUGUGAGAGAGAUUGGGGGGGAGCUGCCUCCAGGAAGUGUCUCCUCACUCGCAUCAGAUCAGCUGAGAGGAGCUGCCUCGGCUCCCGGUCGCCGACUUUCAGCGGAGCAACUCAGCAAAACCAGGGAUGAAAGAAAGAAGUUUGCUGUGGUUUUAACAGGCGUUGUGCUGUCGGAUCAACCGUGAAGAUGCCCCUGAUACCAGUCGUGCCGGAGACCCUCAGUCACGUCCUGGCAGAGUUCGACUGCCUCGAUCCGCUUCUCUCUGCUCUGCGUUUAGACUCCGGGCGGCUCAAGUGUACCUGCUUGGCCGUGUCGAGGAAGUGGCUCGCAUUAGGAACAUCAACAGGAGGGCUGCAUCUAAUUCAGAGGGAGGGCUGGAAACAGAGACUCAUUCUCACUCACAAAGAGGGAGCCAUCACUCAGGUGGCCUGUUGCCCUCACGACGAAGACUUUAUCGCUUGUGCAACAAGUCAGGGUCUGGUGGUGGUGUGGGAGCUGCAGCUGGAGCGCCGCGGCCGUCCGGAGAGAGUCAGCGUGUCCUGGGAGCACAGAGGUCAGGCCAUCACUGCGCUCUGCUGGGACACCAGCGCGCUGCGGGUUUUUGUCGGAGACUCCGGAGGCAAGGUGUCUUUUCUACGAGCGGGAUCCUCUAAACUGGGCAAGGGGGCAGCAUUCGUCAUCUUUCCCGUCCAGUCUGUCACCACUGUCGACUCUAAAGUAGUACAGCUCGGGUACCAAGAUGGCCGCCUGCUUGUGUCAACCCUGAGCCGCUGCUACCUCUGUGACACAGAGAGGGAGAAGUUCUGGCGUGUUGGAAAUAAGGAGCGUGAUGGAGAAUACGGAGCUUGUUUUUUCUCUCAGAACAGGGGAUUAUUGGUGGGUCAGCCCCCCCUGCUGUACUGCGCCCGACCCGGGUCUCGGAUAUGGGAGGCCAGUUUUAACGGCGAGGUUUUGAGCACCCAUCAGUUCAAACAACUACUGGCAUGUCCUCCACUACCUCUCAUCACUUACAGGAACGAGCCAAAUUAUAAUCCAAUGCAGAAGAGUCCACAGUCCAUCGCCUUCCCUAAGCUGCUUUAUUUGGGAGACCAGAACCUGUUGACCUGGACCGAUUCAGCCAUUUAUGUCUUCACACCUCAGAAUGGACAAUUGCUACUGUGGACUGAAGUUAAAGAUUUGGUUGAUGUUGCCGUCUACCGCAGCGAGCUAUUCUGUCUCCACGGCAGCGGGCGUCUGUCGCACCUCUCCUUGUUGUCUGCAGAGCGCUGUGUCGAGCGUCUGCUGCGGAGGGAGUCCUGGCCUCUAGCUGCUGCCGUCUGCUGCAUGUUCCAACAUGCUAUCACCACCGGCAGGGCCAGGAAAUCAAUUCCCAUCGACCGCCUUGAACACCUCAAGUCUCAGCUCAGCUCCAACACACACCUGGAGCUGAUUGGUCAGCUGGAGGACGUCAUCGCCAAGCUAGAGCCUCUGGACUCUGCAUCCAGCAGCCGUAGGAGCAGCAUCUCCUCGCAUGAGAGUUUCAACGUCCUGGACUGUGGAAUCUACCGAGUGAUCAGCCGCAGAGGAAGCCAGUCUGACGAGGAGACGGGCUCCCUCAUCAAUCACUCCACGUCGGAGGAGGAGCGGCUCAAAGAGUUCAGUUUUGUGCAGGAGGAAGAUCAAGUGGAUCAUGAUCCACAGAGCGGCGAGCGCGUGGACACUGAGCGACCUGAGCAAGGCCUGCCCUUCCACCUCCCGCUCUCGUUCCGGCCCAAACCCCCCCGCAUCGCGCUGCAGGCCGUCAAAGACAGUGUUUCUAGUUUUGUUAAGAAGACAACGGAGAAGAUCAACACCCUCCAGAUGAACUCUGAGCUCUGGCAACGGCCUGAAUUCAGAGAGGCCGCACAGGUUGAACUGUCACACAGCCCGGCUCCGUACUCCGAGGAGACGGACAGCGAGGUUUAUGAUGAAGUAUCAAACACAGAAGCCGAGAUGCAGGAACUUCGAUCAGCAACAGAGCGAGCUAUCUCCCAGAUACAGGACCCGUUGGUGCUGCUAGAUCCGGUCUGUCUGAGAGAAGCUUUGCUGGAGUGGCUGCCGGUGCUGGAACGAAUACUUGGACCCGCGGACUUCGGGUCAGCUGCUGCAAACGACUCAAGCGUGGACGCGCCGGGAGAGGAGAGAUGGGAGAGGGAUGACCUGGAGGAGUCUACCUGCUCAUCAGAAGAGCCAGCGGAGGAGAAGAGAGACUCCUCCGAGCUCACAGAAGAAGAGUGUGAGAAGCGACCGGCGUUAGACUCGACGGAGAACGCCGCUUCCAGUGAGAUCCCUCCAGAGCCCGUUCGAGUCGCUUCCCCUAAACCUGUGCCGUCAGAUCUGCUGGCCAACCUCACCGAGCUGGCCACGCUGUACACCGAGCUGAGCUGCUUCAGAAACCAGGAGGGACCGGAACUGGGGUGCGGAGCUUUCCUGCGCCGCUACUUCUUUCUGCUGGACCAGGAGCGAGUGAGAAGGAUGUGUCUGCUGUGUCAUCAGGAGCGGCCUGAGAUGAAGAGCUCCUUCACCGAGGCCAUGCUGGAGCUCACCCAGUCCAGUAAGGUGGUGGAGGUCAUUCAGAGAGGCGAUUUGCUGAGGUCCCUGCGAAGUCUGAGAGAGCUGCAGCCCUGGAGUGCACCUCCUCUCCUCGCUCACUUUCACAGGCUGUAUGAGAAGCACGGGGAGGCGGCAGUGCGCUCGUUUUCCCAGUUCUACCCCACAGUAACUCCGGCUGACGUCAUGGCCGUGGCUCAGCGGAGCCAUUUCCUGGCGUACCUGGAUAAUCUGGUGCAAUCACGCGCUGAGGAGCACAGGUUGUCCUUUCUGCAGUCCCUCCUCGAACCAGAAUCCUUGAGACAGGAUUGGCUGGAGCUGGCCCUUACCCAUGACGCUCCUCAGCGCUGUGAUACCAUGACCCCUGAAGGACAGCCCAGGUGGCAUUCACACUGUUUCAGUUGGGGUUACGGACGUCUUCUGUCUCUGCUGAUCCGUCUUCCUGCGGACCUGUCCUCUAAGCAGAAGAUGGCAGAGACUUGCCGCAGUCAUGGGUACUGGACGGGCUUCCUCUACCUCUGCUGUGAGCUGCAGCGUCGCAGAGAAGCGUUCUCCACCAUCUGUCAGCUGGAUGACAUCAGCCUGCUACAGGAACCUGAUGGUGUUGAGCCGCAGAGUUUGGACGAGUGGAAGCUCCUGAUCCAGCUGUCCCAGCAGAGCGGCAGUGAGGCGGCCUCAGAGCAGGGCACAGGUGUGAAUGGGAGCGGCUGGUCCAACGGCUCAGGGGACUGCGGAGGGAAGAUCAACCCGGAGAAUCUGACCCUGAUGCUGGCCCGGACAGCCGGACCUGACCGAGCUCUUUCACUGCUGGAGGAUUGUGGAGUGCAGCUGGUGCUUUCGCCUCAGUCCAAGCUGGUCUGUGAACUGCUGAGAGUCGCUGAGAAGAGGCAGAGGGCGAUGAUCCAGACGAUGCUCGAGCGGUGCGAUCGGUUCCUGUGGUCUCAGCACGCCUGACCCCGGACGUCUCCGCUCCGUGGACGGCCGACGCACUAGUAACUGACCAUCAUGUCAGUCCACCCACUAACUUCUGUUGAAGCUGUGACUUAAUUUAUACACUGUGAUAUUUGUCAAGGCUUCCCAGCUCUGAUAAAAGUAUUCUCGUGAGAACAGUAUUACCCGUUUUUCUUUAUUCCACUUAUUCGGGUGUAAGCAUGUGUUACAGUAUUAUUUUUUAAAAUAAUUCAGUUUGAAACAUAUCAUGUCUUUUAUCUUGCUGAUUAAAAACUUAAAAUCUAAAUGUAUUAAUAUAUUCUGCAAUAAUUCAGCAGUGUCUUAAUUGUAUGUCCUGUUGUGUCAAUAAAAGCUGCCUGUAUGAACCUUC